AUGCCCCUGAAAGGACUUUUUGCUGUGGACACCCUCGUGCCUGCAGUGCCAGGAUCGCAUGGAGAGUCGCCCGACCUGGCAUCACACCUGAGAAGCAGCAAAGGGGAAGCAGGACUUUUUGCUGUGGGCAUCCUCAUGCCUGCAGUGCCAGGAUUGCAUGGAGAGUCGCCCGACCUGGCAUCUCACCCCAGAAGCAGCAGAGGGGAAGCAGGACUUUUUGCUGUGGACACCCUCAUGCCUGCAGUGCCAGGAUUGCAUGGAGAGUCGCCCGACCUGGCAUCACACCCGAGAAGCAGCAGCGGGGAAGCAGGAUUUCAUCUGGCGAGCCUUCUUCUCGCCGGUUCUUUCGAGGUGAAGACGGCGGGAAGUAUUUCUUGCUUACGUCUUGCUUACCAGUUCAACGUUUGCUUGCCAGUUCAACGGCUUGCUGCGAACACCCUGCGCCAAUUGCUGGCAUGCCUUUCCAACUCGAUGCGCUAUUGUCGUUUUCAAACAAGCAGGUCGACGCGGAAAGCGAUGCGCAAGCAGGUAAACAUGCAGGUAUUCCUGGGAGCAGGGCUCGCCAUCCUGUGCUUCUGCCUCCUCCUUGGCUGCGCGAUCUGCUGGCACUGGCAGAAGAAGCAGAAAGACAAGAGCGAAGCGUGGCCGCCGGACUGCACCCUGGUGGAUCUGGGGCCGGCCCUGCCUUCCCGAGUGACAAUCCAGCAGCAGUACACGGAGAUAGAAGGAGAGGUUCUGGAGCGUCCAUCUCCCACGGUUGCUGAUGCGCCGGGGGUAUCCGGCCACGGCAGCCCACCCAAGAGCCUCCGCCGUGGCCGCGCUUCUUUACCCAGCAUCCCCUUUCCAUCAAAGCUGAGCCUGCCGGGCAAGCCCACGCUGCACCUGGAACGGCGUUGCACCAUCUCCGUGAGUAGCGCGCUAGGGGACAAGAGCAGCCUCCUCUCCAGUCCCGUCCAGGGUGCCGACAUCUCGCAGUUGUACGCCACGCCACGGAACCUGUCCGGCGCUGGUCCGAAGCCACGGCCGUGUCUCCACUUCACUUUGUUUUACUCGGAGCCUGAGGCCACGCUGAUUGUGACGGUGAUCGGCGUCUCCCACCUGCCCAAGGGCUUCCGAGCCAGCCGUGAUUCCUACGUCAAGGUCUGCUUGCUUCCGAAGUCUGCCGAGCCCCAGCGCACUGCCGUGCACAAGAAGAGCCUGAAUCCCGAGUUCCGCGAGCAAUUCCAUUUCGGCCACUACGGUCCGGAGGAAUUGCGGGGUCUGACCCUGCGCUUUGCCGUCUACGCAAAGGGGUUCCACAACCUGAAGGAUUUCUUCAUUGGGGAGGUGAUGUUCCCGUGCACGCAAGCAACCUGGGAACAAGGCGUAUCCUCCGCCUACACCCAGGAACUGUCGACAACCAAAACCAAACUUAAAAAGUGUCUCAGUUCCCAGGACAUGAUCUCUUCGCUUUCCCAGCCCAAGUCCGCUGGGCAGCUGUUCCUCCUCCUGCAGUACCAGGCGCUUGCCAGUCGCAUCAAAGUCCUGGUGCGCAAGGCCGAGAAUCUGGGCCGGCUCACCCGCAUCCCGGGGACGCCAGACCACUAUGUCAUGAUCCGCCUGCACCACAACGGAAAGGUCGUAGAUACAAAAGAGACCAAGUCCAUUGCCGGCUGCAAUCCCGUUUGGAACACCCCGUUCCUCUUCAGCGUUCCCGCGGGAGACAUUCUAGAGCAGGCGCUGUCCCUGGAGUUCACGGUCAUGCAGGCUCGCCUCUACACUCGCAGCUGCCCCGUGGGCCGAGUGCUGAUCGGACCAGACGCUCCGGAGAUGGGGCAGACCCACUGGAAGGAGAUGUGCAGCCGAGGGAACGUGGAGUCCGCUCGCUGGCAUUCGGUUCAGCCCGAAAGAGUUCCUCUCUGCCCUCGAUGA